AUGGCUGCGUCUGCGGCGCUGGCGGAGUUGCUGGGCGAGGCGCUAGCGGCGCCCGACGGCUCGCCGGUGGCCACGGCGUCGCUGCCGGCGCGGGGCGUCUCGCUGGUGGGGCUCUACUUCGGCUACUGCGGCGCCGGGGCGGCCGGGGGAGCAGGAGGAGCAGCGGGCGCGGGCGGCGGCGGCCCGGGCGCGCAGCUCGCUGCCAGCCUGGCCGCCUUUUACGCGCGCUUCCAGCCGGCGGCCCGCGCCGGAACGGACGCCGGAGCGGCUCCGGACCCCGCGCCGCCGCCGCCUCCUUCUCUCCCGCAGCAGCGCCUGGAGAUCGUCUUCGUGUCGGCCGAGCAGGACCAGCAGCGCUGGCAAGAAGCCGCCCGGGCCAUGCCCUGGCUGGCGCUGCCCUUCGCCGACAAGCGCCGCAAGUUGAAACUCUGGAACAAGUUCCGGGUGUCCAACAUUCCGUCGCUGAUAUUUAUAGACGCCCACACCGGGAAAGUGGUGUGCCGCAACGGCCUCUUGGUAAUCCGAGAUGACCCAGAAGGCCUGGAAUUUCCGUGGGGUCCCCGGCCGUUCAGUGAGGUGGUCGCCGGACCGCUCCUCCGAAAAAGCGGCCAAUCGCAGGAGAGCGGCGUCCUGGAGGCCUGCCACGUCGGCGUGUACUUCUCUGCGCACUGGUGCCCACCCUGCAGAAGCCUUACCCGGGUGCUGGUAGAAUCCUAUCGGAAAAUCAAAGAAGCCGGCCAGAAAUUCGAGAUCGUCUUCGUCAGCGCAGACAGGUCCGAAGAUUCGUUCAAACAGUAUUUCAGCGAGAUGCCCUGGCUGGCGGUCCCGUACGCCGACGAAGCCCGGCGGUCGCGUCUCAACCGGCUCUACGGCAUCCAAGGUAUCCCGACCCUUAUAGUCCUCGACACCAAGGGGGACGUCAUCACCCGACAAGGCCGCGUGGAGGUGCUGAACGAUGUGGAAUGCCGCGAGUUCCCCUGGCACCCCAAGCCCGUCCUGGAGCUGACCGACUCCAACGCCGUCCAGCUAAACGAGGGACCGUGCCUCGUCCUUUUUGUAGAUUCCGACGACGACGGAGAAUCGGAGGCAGCCAAGCAACUGAUCCAGCCCAUUGCCGAGAAAAUCAUUGCAAAAUACAAAGCCAAAGACGAAGAGUCACCGCUGCUGUUUUUUGUGGCUGGAGAGGACGACAUGACCGACUCCCUCCGAGAUUACACCAACCUCCCCGAAGCGGCGCCCCUCCUCACCAUCCUGGACAUGUCCGCUCGUGCCAAAUACGUCAUGGAUGUCGAAGAGAUCACGCCCGACAUCGUAGAAGCUUUCGUGAAUGACUUUCUAGCGGACAAGCUUAAACCUGAACCCAUCUAGAGCGGAGGCUGGGCGGGGUGGAGUUGGCGGCCGCUUCGCUUCGCCUCGCACCCCACAACCCCGCCCAGACGUUAUUUAAAAAAAAAAUUCAGGGUUUCCGCCUGCCUGCCCCCAACCUCGUGCAGAAUCCGACUCUUGACAUUCUUGCGGUGCCUUGUUUUAAAAUGCAGCAGUUUCUCCUCUCCCUGACGUCUCCUAAGCAAACUUCCCCCCCCCAAAGGUGCUGUUUUCAGAAGGAUAGGGGGAGACACCUGGCUUGUACGCAGCAGGGGAGAGAGGGGAGUUUGCAAGCGAUAGAUUCCUUCGUGGCCUGGCUAGAAAUGUGGCUGCCUUCUGGUUAGACACCGCACUAGGUGAAGCAUUUUACUUCGUUCUCACGUGGGCCGCUUCGGAUUUGGUCAAGGGGAUGCUCUCAGAUAACCCGUUCCGACGAAGCCAUGUUCUUGACUCCUGCCCCUUCCUCUCCACCCUGCACCGUUCCAUCCAGAGUAGAAAAUCGGCCCAUCCAAACCGUCGGGCUUUGCUGUUUUAGAAAGACAACCUUGCAGGGAGCUGUUGGGUAGUUCUGAACUGCUUCCGAUUUCCUAGAAAAGGGGUCGUCCCGGGUGACUCUGCUUUGAAGAAUUGGGUGCAGGUUUUCCAUUGCUUCCGAACGCAGCCGGGGAGCGUUCCCAACCACUAUCCCUAGCAGUCUGUAUGAACGCUAGUGGUCAGGUUUCUAUAUUUGUCGUAUAUAUGGAGAAUGGGGUGCAAAGAGCAGAGGCAGAGGUUCUUAACUUUCUCUGGACUUGCUUUCCUCUGCAGCUGAGGUGUGGACAAGUUCAGAUAGGUGUGAGAUGCGUGGCAGCGUAAAAAAAAAAAAUUAGUGCAGUUGCCGGAGUCAGCUGACUCAGACUACAAACUUGUUGGGAGUUAUGAUGCUUAUCUGCAUUACAAAUCCAGGACCAUUUCCCCUGAAGUGGAUUCCUGCAUUGAGCAGGGGGUUGAACUCGACGGCCUUGUAGGCCUCUUCCAGCUCUGCUAUUCUAUGAUUCUAUAAGUCUUUUCUACAGCUUGGACUGUAAUCCAAGCCCCACCCCACCCCGUAUUGCUGUUGCUGCAGCCUCUUUUGCAAUUUGAACUGUGCAGUAGCAUCGGAGACACAAGGAGCCCUGGGAUAUGUAGAUUCCCAAGGCGCCUAAUGUCCGUGCUAAGGAUUUGGGAGCACUAGGAAAGUUACAUUUCCCAGGCUCACUGGAGUCUGCAGUGCAGCCUUUGCAGUAGUCAAAGCUCGAAGGAGGGAGGAAGACCCAUAGAUGUCCCAACAAGACCUCGCUGGCUCUCACACCAGGCCAGAUAAAAAAAAGUAGGGCUAAAUAGGGUAGGUUUCAGCAACUCUUUUGGGGUGGGGGAAAAUGUUCCCAUCGAAUGGCGCCCCCCACAAAGUCAUCGGAAGUCUCUACAGACUCCGAAUUUUGGAACCCAGCUAUGAAAAGAAUACAAAGCUAUGCCGAGUUUGGUGGGGUGGGACUCGAAUUCCAAAUUUAGCAGAGGACCGUUCUCUCGUGGCUGCGUAGAUGUUCACCCUGUGGCAGCUGCAGCCACGUGGUUACAGCCAGCGUUAGACACCCGUUCACAGCCACCCUGAAACCUGGGCUACUUGGACAAGACCACUCCCCACUUUCUAAAUUAAUCUGCGCUUUGCCACAUGGGUGGAGGGACGCUACCAGCUGCCGUGACUUGCAGUAAACUUCGUAAGUGACUUUCCCGUAGCAAAUGCUGAACUCUGCCUUCUGUUACCUGUGCUGAAGGAUUUAUAACCAACCUCCUGGUGACCUUAAAAGAAAACCUAGGACUAUUUUAGAUAUUUCCCCAGCUUCCUGCGCACCCCCCCUUUUUUAAAACAACAACACUAUUCACUGUAAAAUGGCUUUCCCCGCCCCCUGCUCAUACACACACACAGCUGAUAGUUGGCUGAACGGUUCUCCACAGGUGUGACUCUUACCUUUGACAGUGCUGUUUUUAGCCUUUUUCGGGAGGUGUUAGGGAGGAAUUAACACACCAGUUGAAAAAGGACAACUCUUUACUCUUUUUUUCCCCCCCUGGCGAAGUUGGACGUUGUAAAAACUGUACAUGGUGAUUGGAACUUUGUAAUAAAAACUGUUCUAGUAA